CAGUCUAGGGUCACAGGUCAGUCAAGACACAAUGUGGACUACAGGCUUCUUUGCACUGAUCUUGAGUACCUCUGUGGCCUUGGGUCAAAACCACGCUAAUCGAAUUGACUGCGAACCAGAAGGUAAUGCGGAUGAAAAUCUGUGUUAUGAGCGAGGAUGUGUUUACAACGAGGUAUUCAAUGAGCCUGGGGUUCCUUGGUGUUACUUUCCCGACAACUAUGGAUACAGCAUGGUGGGUGAACCUCAGAACACCGCCAAUGGAUUGACGGUGGAGCUCUCUCGCAAUUCUGGCCUUCAGUCACUCUAUGGGAAUGAUUUUGAUACCCUCGUGGUAACGGCGGAAUUUCAGACCGAUCAAAGGCUUCGAGUCAAGAUUGUCCCCAAGAACGUGAACCGCUACGAGGUGCCCAUCUCCAUCAAUCCAGGAUCCGGCCCAGCCAAUAAUCCGUUGUACGACGUGAAAUUAGUUCAAGAAGUCAAUGGCUUUGCGUUGAAGGUGAUCCGAAAGGCCACGGGAACCGUUCUCUUUGAUACUGGCCUGCCUGGAUUCGUCUACUCGGACCAGUUCAUUCAGUUCGCUACCAAAUUGCCCUCCUCCAAUAUUUAUGGCUUGGGUGAGAACGAGCAACACUCUUAUAAGCAUGACUUGAAUUGGAAGCAAUGGAUCGGUUUUGCUCGGGAUCAACCCCCCAGUUAUGAUGCCAAUAUGUAUGGCACACAUCCCACGUACACGGUGUUGGAGAACGAUGGGAAUGCGCACAGUGUACUCAUUCUGAACUCCAAUGCCCAAGAGUGGAAGCUCACACCCAAUCCUAAUCUGAUUUAUCGAACGAUCGGUGGGAUCCUUGACCUUCAUUUCUUCUUGGGUCCAAGUCCAGCUGAAACCAAUCAACAGUACACUGAAGCGAUUGGGCGCUACGCUUUACCUCCAUAUUGGUCGUUGGGUUUCCAUUUGUGUCGUUAUGGUUAUGAUUCUUUGGACAACAUGAAAGCUGCUGUGGAUCGAACGGCUCAAUAUGGAAUCCCUCAUGAUGCUCAAUGGGGAGACAUUGAUAUUAUGGAACGGAGCCUGGAUUUCACCGUCUCGCAAGAUAGGUUUGGCGGACUUUCUGAAUAUGUGAACGAGUUGAAGACCAAAGGGAUCAAAUUUGUCACCAUUUUGGACCCUUGUAUCAGCAUCGGUGAGACCAACUACCGACCUUUUGACUUGGGCAAUGAAAUGGAUGUGUGGGUAAAAAAGUCCAAUGGGCAGCCUGCAGUAGGCCGAGUUUGGCCAGAGGAUGCCACCUAUUUCGCCGAUUAUUCCAGCCCCAACGCUCGGGAAUGGUGGAUGACCAUGAUUCGUGAAUUCCACGACAUCUUGGCUUUCGAUGCCCUUUGGAUCGACAUGAAUGAACCCGCCAAUUUCAUCACCGGUGACGAAACCGACGGUGGAUGUGUUGAUAACAACAUCAAUUAUCCCCCGUACAAACCGCAUGCGGUUGGCGACGAAUUGUCAGACAAGACCAUUUGCAUGGACACGGUCCAAGAAGCGGGUUCUCAUUACGAUACGCAUAACAUGUAUGGCUAUUUCGAAUCCGAACCCACCUGGAGUGGAGUUCGAUCCAUCACUAAUGAACGUGGUUGGAUCUUAUCUCGAUCAACUUUCAUAGGAUCCGGUAAUUGGGCGGCUCAUUGGUUAGGCGACAAUUUCAGCAAUUGGGACAAUCUGUAUUACUCCAUUAUUGGGAUGCUUCAGUUCAAUCGAUUUGGAAUGCCUCAUGUGGGAGCAGAUAUUUGUGGAUUUAUUGACGACACCAAUGAAGAGCUUUGCGCCCGAUGGAUGGAAUUGGGGGCCUUUUAUCCAUUUUCGCGGAAUCACAAUGGUUACGGCUACACAGAUCAAGAUCCGGGAUACUUCGGAGACUUUGUGGGUCAACUCUCAGCUCGAGUGUUGAAAUUUCGCUAUCGCUUUUUGCCUCAUUUAUACACCUUGUUCUAUCAGCACAACACUGAAGGCAACACUGUGGCUCGGGCUUUAUGGGAUGAGUUUCCCGCGGAUUCGGCCACGUGGGAUUUGGACCGACAGUUCUUAUGGGGCUCCUCUUUCAUGGUAUCGCCAGUGGUGGAUCAAGGGGCGGUCACCAAAGACAUCUAUUUCCCCGAUGCUCGGUGGUAUGACAUCUCCGACUACACAACCAAGGGCAGCGUGUCCGAAGUAUCCACCCGCGGGGGAUAUGAAACCGUCGAUAGUCCAUUGGACAAAAUUCCAAUUCAUGUUCGCGGAGGUGCGGUUUUCCCGCUUCAACUUGAAGCCAUAAACACUCAAUUGAGUCGACAAAACCCGUGGCAGCUCCUGGUGGCCUUAGACGAUAGCGAAAUGGCCUCUGGGCAACUCUUCAUGGACGAUGGGAUCUCGCAAGAUACGAUUCAAAACGGCAAUUAUUUCCUGGCCAGUUUCACGGUUGAGAACGGCCAAUUGAGUUCUGAGGUCGUGACGGAUAGCUUCUCCCUAUCAGGUGAGAACCUGUCGGAGGUGGAUGUUAUGGGAUUAAAAUCAUCGAAUAUUGAUAGUGUCCUAGUCAACGGACAACCCGCCACUAGCUUCACUUUCGGCCAAGGUCGCCUCAACAUCGACUUGUCCGGCUUGGAUGUCAAAAUUGGCGAGGCCGUCGAGAUUACCUGGUCAUCAAUUUGAAUAAAUGACGCCAUGGAAUCCA